AUGCCGUUCAGCCUCAAGAAUGUCAGUGCUACUUACAUGAGGGCCACGACGACCCUCUUUCACAACAUGAUCCACAAGGAAAUCGAGAGGUACAGUUUGAAGUUGAAUCCCGCAAAAUAUGCAUUCAGAGUCCCCGCCGGAAAGUUAUUGGGCUUCGUCGUCAGCAGGAAAGGGAUAGAAUUGGAUGCUUCAAAGAUCAAAGCCAUUCAAGACCUACCGCCGCCUAAAAGCAAGAAGGACGUGAUGAGUUUCCUUGGCAUAUUAAACUAUAUAAGUAGAUUCAUAGCCCAGUCUACGGUAAUCUGCGAACCCAUUUUCAAGUUGUUAAAAAAGGAUGCUGCUACGAAAUGGACAGAAGAGUGUCAGAAAGCUUUCAGCAAGAUCAAGGAGUAUUUGUCAAACCCUGGAAGCCACUGUUACUAUACAUGUCUGUUGUGGACAACACAUUUAGAUGCGUGUUGGGAAAACACGAAGGCAAUCAAGGGACAAGAAUUAGCUGACCAUCUUGAAGAAAACCCAGUGGACAUGGACUAUGAGUCACUCACUACAUACUUUCCUGAUGAAGAAGUGUUGUUCACCGAGGAAGAUAUCGGAGAGUCAUACCCAGGAUGGAGAAUGUUUUUUGAUGGAGCCGCAAACUUCAAAGGAGUAGGGAUCGGGGCACUCCUGAUCUCUGAGUUAGGAAAUCAUUACGCAGUUUUAGCUAAGAUAAGGUUCCCUUGCACUAAUGAUAUGGCUGAGUAUGAAGCAUGCAUCCUCGGGAUUAGGAUGGCGGUUGACAUGAAUAUUAAGGAGCUUCUAGUCAUAGGAGAUUCUGAUCUACUGAUACAUCGAGUCCAAGAUGAAGAGCUAGACGGUGAGCCGUGGUGCUACAACGUCAAAAGGUUCCUUGAAACAAGAGUUCAUCCAGAGAACGCCACCAACGGUCAGAAACGAGCACUCAGAAGGCUAGCGAAUCACUUUUUCCUUAACGGGGAAGUCCUAUACAGGAGGACCCCAAAUUUGGGUCUGUUAAGAUGUGUAGAUGAUGUUGAGGCAACCAGAUUGUUAGAAGAAAUACACGCAGGAACAUGUGGACAUCACAUGAAUGGUUUCACCUUGGCCAAGAAGAAUUUAUGA